GUAACGCGGCGACAGCUCUAUUUUCCUAUCUUCCUCCUUUCUUUCCUCAUCAAACAAACUCCAUGGGAGACAACUGUAUCUGUUGAUUUAUAGGAAGCAGGGGAUGCUGAGAUCGAUUGACUGUGAAACCAAAAGACGAAUCGAUAGUUUUUUGUCUUUGAAAACUAGUAGACUUGUAGGUCUUUGCGGGUUUUAUGGGGAGUGGAACAUUUGUGGACGGGGUCCUUCGCUGGUUUCACCAUCACAAUCGUCGAUCUUCUUCUGUUCCUAAUCCUGAUGGCCAUGUGAAUCUCGAUUCUGAAACAAAAUCAUUACCCUCGUCGUCAUCAUCUUCGAAUCAACUCACCAUUACUGAAGACUUUGAUUUUUCCGCACUUAAGGUUAUUAGGGUUCCUAAACGCAUCAAUUUUCCACCUGUUUUCCCCUCACCUUCCGCCCCCAUGGAUCAUAACAGAAAGAUUGAAGCAGAGUUCUUCACAGAGUAUGGAGAGGCAAGUAGGUACCAAGUUCAAGAAGUUAUUGGGAAAGGAAGUUAUGGUGUUGUGGGGUCCGCUGUGGAUACUCACACAGGCGAAAAGGUUGCAAUCAAGAAGAUCAAUGAUGUUUUUGAGCAUGUUUCGGAUGCCACUAGGAUUCUUAGAGAAAUUAAACUCCUUCGGUUGCUGAAGCAUCCUGAUAUUGUAGAAAUCAAGCAUAUAAUGCUCCCUCCUUCUAGAAGAGAGUUUAAGGAUAUUUAUGUAGUUUUUGAAUUGAUGGAAUCUGACCUUCACCAAGUUAUCCGGGCAAAUGAUGAUCUAACUCCUGAACAUUAUCAGUUCUUCUUGUACCAACUUCUUCGUGGGUUAAAAUAUAUUCAUGCAGCAAAUGUGUUUCAUCGAGAUUUAAAACCCAAAAACAUUCUUGCUAAUUCUGACUGUAAAUUGAAGAUUUGUGAUUUUGGGCUUGCUCGUGUGUCAUUUAAUGAUGCACCAUCGGCCAUAUUCUGGACGGAUUACGUUGCAACUCGAUGGUAUCGUGCUCCUGAACUCUGUGGAUCCUUUUUCUCAAAAUAUACUCCUGGCAUUGAUAUUUGGGGCAUUGGAUGCAUAUUUGCUGAGAUUCUUACUGGAAGACCAUUAUUUCCUGGAAAAAAUGUAGUUCAUCAGUUGGAUCUCAUGACUGAUUUGCUUGGCACUCCUUCCACUGAAUCAAUUGCAAGGAUUCGCAAUGAAAAGGCAAGAAGGUAUCUUAGUAAUAUGCGCAAGAAACCGCCUGUUCCAUUUACACACAAGUUUCCUAAUGUGGAUCCUUUGGCCCUUCGCCUAUUGGAACGCCUGCUUUCUUUUGAUCCAAAGGAUCGCCCAUCAGCUGAAGAUGCACUGGCGGAUCCCUACUUUCAAGGGUUGGCGAAUGUGGAGAGAGAACCUUCAACUCAUGCCAUAUCAAAGAUGGAGUUUGAGUUUGAGAGGAGGAAAUUGGGAAAAGAUGAUGUUAGAGAGCUCAUCUAUCGAGAGAUUUUAGAGUAUCAUCCUCAGAUGCUUCAGGAAUAUUUACGUGGUGGAGAACAAACUAGCUUCAUGUACCCAAGUGGUGUUGAUCGGUUUAAACGACAAUUUGCACAUCUAGAGGAGCAUUAUGGUAAAAAAGGUGAGAAAAGCUCGACUCCUCCACUGCAAAGACAGCAUGCCUCACUCCCUAGGGAAAGGGUUCCUGCACCCAAGGCAGAAACAGAAACAGAAAUAGAAACAUCUGAUGAUACUGAAAAGCGGAAUGCAGCUUCUGUUGCUACAAAACUUGACAGCCCUACAGGAGGAUCAGACAAUGCAGCAGAUGAGCAAAAGGGAAACAUGAGCGCUCGCAGCUUAAUGAAGAGUGCCAGUAUCAGUGCCUCCAAAUGCAUAGGUGUCCAGGCAACAAAAGAUCCCCAGGAAGAAGGUACAACUGAACACCAAGAGGAGAUUGAUGGGUUAACACAAAAGCUUGCUGUUUUAAAAGCAUGAGGAUGUUUUAGAAAAAGCUUCUCUAUUUUUAGUCUUCGUAUUUUGAGAUUAGCUUCAUACACGGGUACAACUUUGAGGGUGUUGAUAUUCUGUUAAUUAAUACAAUGUUUAAGUUACCAAGUAUAAAACUACAAAGAUUCAUGACUUCAGAUGUUUUUGUCCUCCAACUAUUCUUAAGGUUAUUGUAAUUUUAUUUAUUUAUUUAUUUAUUUUUAUUUUUAAAUUUAAUUGGCUAUUGAAUUUCUAGUGCUUCUCCACUAGUCUAGU